AUGGAGCAGGACAGCUCGGAUGUCUCCCAGCAUGGUGAAGAGGUCGAGGUUACGCCAAACACCGCUGAUCCUGCUAGCGACAAGGUCAAGAGCGUGGUCAAUGAAAAGACCUGCGAGGUUUCGGUGGAGUCUCCCCAGGAUGAGGAUACAGAAUACGUCAAAGGACACCCAGUUAUUCGCAAUGGCCUCGACGUCUCCAAAUACAUUGUUUCCCUGCGCGACGAUGGUGAUCCUGCGUUUACGUUCCGGUCCUUUGUUCUAGGCACCGCCUUCAGUGCACUUUCAAGUGUCAUUACAAUGCUCUACGUUUUCAAACCCUACCAGGCGCAGGUCUCUUUUACUUUUCUGCAACUUCUCGUCUUCAUUUUUGGCCAGGCAUGGGCGCUCUUCACUCCUCACCCGGAACGAUUCAAGUGGAAAUGGGUACAGGAUACGCUUCGCUUCCUCAAUUUCGGACAGGCGUUCGGAAUUAAAGAACAUGUGGUCUCUGCCUUGAUCGCCUCGUCUGGUAAUAACGGUCUGGCUGGAGUGGAUGUUUAUGCUGUUGAACGACUGUUCUACAACACAAGCGUCACGGCAACCACUGCUGUCUUGGGCACUUUCUCAAUUUCACUUGUAGGAUUUGUACUGGCUGGCGUACUCCGCCCCCUGAUCGUCUAUCCGGCCGAGAUGGUAUACUGGUCAACUUUGCCUCAAAUAGUGCUCUUCCAAAACUUGCACUUCGAUACCCACACGAACAGGGGUCGAUUGGUCAAAUUCGGCUGGGCUCUUGCGGCUGCCACGAUCUGGGAAUUUUUCCCUUCAUACAUCGUGACCUGGUUUUCGGGUAUCUCGAUAUUCUGUCUGGCCUCUAUGCAUGCCCCGACACAAACUCGCACCGUUUUCUCCAAGGUCUUUGGAGGGGCUUCCUCUAACGAAGGCUUGGGUAUCUUGAACUUCAGUCUUGAUUGGCAAUAUAUUCAGAGCGUGUACAUGUCAUUACCUUUGAAGCAACAGUUGAAUUCAUGGAUUGGCUACGUUAUUUUCUACAUCGCCAUGCUCGCCCUCUAUUACGGAAACGCUUGGGAUGCGCUGAGCUUCCCGUUCAUGUCCACUUCCCUGUUUCGGGCAAACGGUACGGAAUACGAUACCCGCUCUAUAAUCAACAAUCAAGGUACAAUCGAUUUUGGCAAGGUCGACGAGGUGGGACUGCCAUACAUGACUGCCUCCGCUGUCUGGGGUUUCCUGACGCAGAGUUUAGCCAUCGGUGCACUGAUCUCUCAUGUGCUCAUAUUUUAUAGCAAGGACAUGUGGCUCGCCUGGAAACAAGCACGUACCAGGACGCAACCAGACCCGCACUAUCGAGCAAUGCUUAAGUACAAAGAGGUUCCCAUGUGGUGGUAUUAUGGUCUUUUUGUUCUUGCAUUCUUGGCCGGUUUGAUCGUCAACAUUGGAGGUCAAACUACGCAACCAGCGUGGGAAUAUAUCAUUUCUCUUGUCCUGGGUGCUUUCAUUGCACCUUUCUCCUGUAUUCUUUGUGGACUGUACGGGACCGGUGUGGCAACGAAUCUUAUUUCCAAGAUGGUUGCCGGCGCAUUAUACCCUGGACGUCCUCUAGCUAACCUUUACUUUGCAAGUUGGUCCCAUCAAGUCAUUCUAUUGGCUGUCAACUUGGCCAGCUGGCUCAAAGUAGGCCAGUAUACCAAGAUCCCUCCUAGGGUGAUGUUCCUCACUCAGAUAUACGGCACCUUGCUAGGAGCGGGCUUGGAUUAUGCCGUUAUGACGACAAUCGUCAGUAACCAACGAGAAAUUCUCCUCGAUCCUAUCGGAAACAACGUCUGGAGCGGUUCAUACGUUCAGAGUCUAAACUCCAAUGCAAUCACAUGGGCACUGGCCAAGGAGAUGUACGGAAUACACGGCCAAUAUCUCAUCGUUCCCUUGGGUCUCGUCAUUGGUCUUGCUUUUCCCGUCUUGCACUGGGGCGUGAUCAAGGUAUUCCCCAGGGUCGCCAAAUUGGAAAUCAACACCGCGGUGAUUCUCACUUAUGCCGGUCUAAUUUACUUUGGCAACACAUCGUGGAUCUGGUCCUCGAUUGUGGUUGGCAUUUUCUCCCAGGUCUGGCUUCGUCGUCGUCUACCCCGGGUUUACAACAAGUACAACUAUCUCAUUGGGGCUGCAUUGGAUGGCGGAUCUCAGCUCGUUAUUUUCAUUUUGUCAUUUGCAGUCUUUGGCGCAAGUGGUAACGAGGUCCCUUUUCCGACCUGGUGGGGGAAUCCUUCUGGUAACCCAGAUCAUUGUUUGUAG